GGAGAAUAACCAGAAGUAUGUCGAGUGAAAAGAGAGUAGAAGCCGAUGCGGCCGAAUUGUUGUCGUCUCUUUCCAUAGGCGAUGCUAAAGGAGUUGACAGUGAACCUAAAAAGGAAAAGGAAAAGGAAAUUCCAAAGGGUCCAAAGGGAAGUACCGAAGAGGUAAGUUCCAAGGAAGAAGAAACAAAGGAAGAAACAAAGGAAGAAGCAAAAGCUGAAGUAAAGGAAGAAACAAAAGUAGAAUCUGAAAAAGAAACAAAGAAAGAUGAUGUCAAAGCAGAAGUCAAACAACCAGAAACUAAUUUGAUUGACUCUACUUAUGAUGUUAAAGUUAAGCUUGCCGAUAUACAGGCAGAUCCUAAUUCACCAUUAUUCUCAGUAAAAUCAUUUGAAGAAUUAGGAUUAUCUCCAGAAUUAUUAAAGGGAUUAUAUGCUAUGAAAUUUAAUAAACCGUCUAAAAUUCAAGAAAAGGCAUUACCUUUAUUACUUUCAAAUCCAGCUAGAAAUAUGAUUGGACAAUCUCAAUCUGGUACAGGGAAAACAGGAGCAUUUUCUUUAACAAUGUUAUCAAGAGUUGAUGAAAAUAAACCAGUUACUCAAUGUGUAUGUUUAGCUCCAACAAGAGAAUUAGCAAGACAAACUUUAGAAGUUGUAUCUACUAUGGGAAAAUUUACUAAAGUAACUACUCAAUUAAUUGUACCAAAUUCAUUAGAAAGAGGUCAAAAUUCAAAUGCUCACAUAAUAGUUGGAACUCCAGGUAUUGUACUUGAUUUGGCUAGAAGAAAAUUAUUACAACUUAAUUCAGUUAAAACUUUUGUAUUAGAUGAAGCUGAUAAUAUGUUAGAUGCUCAAGGAUUAGGUGAUCAAUGUCUUAGAGUUAAAAGACUUUUACCAAAGGAAGCUCAAUUGGUAUUAUUUUCAGCUACAUUCCCUGAUAAAGUUAGACAAUAUGCUGAAAAAUUCGUUCCAAAUGCCAAUUCUUUAGAAUUAAAACAAGAAGAAUUAAAUGUUGAAGGUAUAAAACAGUUAUAUAUGGAUUGUGAUUCUGAGAAUCAUAAAUUCGAAGUUUUAUGUGAAUUAUAUGGUUUAUUAACUAUUGGUUCUUCAAUUAUUUUUGUGGAAAGAAAAGAUACUGCUAAUAUAUUAUAUGCUAAAAUGAAAAAGGAAGGUCAUACAUGUUCUAUUUUACAUGGAGGAUUAGAGACAAGUGAAAGAGAUAAAUUAAUUGAUGAUUUUAGAGAAGGUAGAUCUAAAGUAUUAAUUACAACCAAUGUUUUAGCUAGAGGUAUUGAUAUUGCAUCUGUUUCAAUGGUAGUUAAUUAUGAUUUACCAGUAGAUAAAGAUGGACAUCCUGAUCCAUCAACUUACUUGCAUAGAAUUGGUAGAACUGGUAGAUUUGGUAGAGUUGGUGUAUCUAUCUCAUUUGUUCAUGAUAAAAGAUCUUAUGAGAUUUUAAUGAAGAUUAGAGAAUACUUUGGUAAUAUUGAAAUGACAAGAGUUCCAACUGAUGAUUGGGAUGAAGUUGAAAAGAUUGUUAAAGCAGUAAUUAAAGGUUAAAUAGAGUCUCUAGAAUUCUUACAAAAAUGUAAAAUAUACAGUUAAUAUAUAUAUAUAUAAAUAUA